GCGCGGGAAAAUGGCCGCCCGAGUACAGUGACGAGCCCUCUCGUGAACGCCGGUUACUGCGCCUACAGCGGAAUUGGUUCCGCCGCGAGCUACAGUCGCUCGGUGAUUGGGCUGAAUGCGAAGCGCUGCGCCCCGUUGACUCACGAGCUGCUCUGUUCAUCUGCUGAGGCUGCUGCUGAAUACGGUAUCGGAAUCAUAACCGCUCCUGAGGAUGUCUCGUGAACAGCUGGCAGUGGAGAGAGCACGGAGGGCCUUCCUUACUGGAAGGACGAAACCACUGGAGUACAGAAUCCGGCAGCUAAAGUCCCUGCAGCGCUUCCUUGUGGAACGGAAAACAGAAAUUGCCACAGCCCUUAAUAAAGACCUGCAUAAGAGUGAACAUGGGAUACCUCUAUUUGAGACGCUUAGUCUUGAAGGGGAGAUUUCAUUGACCGUGAACAAGCUGGCUGAGUGGGCUGCACCGAGGCCUGUAGAAAAGAACCUGCUCACCAUCUCUGACCAGGUGUACAUCCAGCCUGAGCCUCUCGGUGUGGUGCUUGUUAUUGGAGCCUGGAAUUACCCUUGGGCAGUCACCAUCCAGCCACUGAUUGGAGCCAUUGCUGCAGGUAAUGCUGCAGUGGUGAAGCCAUCUGAGGUCAGUAUGCACACUGCCAAGAUUAUGGAGGACCUACUCCCACUCUAUCUGGACAAGGAGAUGUAUCCUGUGGUGACGGGUGGGGUUCUGGAGACUCAGGAGCUGCUGAAGCAACGCUUUGAUCACAUCUUUUACACAGGGAACAGUACUGUGGGCAAACUGGUGAUGGAGGCAGCCUCCCACCACCUAACCCCCGUCACCCUGGAGUUGGGGGGGAAGAGCCCCUGUUACAUCGAUAGCAGCUGCGACCUCACCAUUGCCUGCCGCCGGAUCGCCUGGGGAAAAUUUAGCAACUGUGGCCAAACGUGCAUCGCUCCCGACUACGUUCUGUGCAACCCUGCCAUCCAGGACAGAGUGGUGGAGGAAAUCCGGAAAGCUGUGAAGGAAUUUUAUACUGAUGACCCUAAAAGCUGCACGGACUAUGGACGGAUCAUCAAUCAGCGCCAUUUUAAGAGGGUAAAGGCAAUGAUGGAGGACAGCCUCGUGGCUUUCGGAGGAGAGAAUGAUGAGUCACAGAAUUACAUUGCUCCCACAGUGUUGAAAGAUGUGAAGCCAGAGGCUAAAGUGAUGCAGGAGGAGAUCUUUGGCCCCAUUCUGCCCAUAAUAACAGUCAGCAGCGUGGAUGAAGCUAUCAUUUUCAUUAAUGAGAGGGAGAAGCCCCUGGCCCUCUACAUCUUUUCUCCGGACACCAAGCUGAUCAAGCGGAUGAUUGCUGAAACUUCCAGUGGUGGGGUGCUGGCCAAUGACUGCCUGGUGCAGUACUCCGUCAGCUCUCUACCCUUUGGUGGUGUGGGCAAUAGUGGGAUGGGCGCUUACCAUGGCAAGUACGGCUUUGAUCAGCUCAGUCACUUGCGGAGCUGCCUCGUCAAGUCCUUGUCUAUGGAGGUGGCUAAUAAGAUACGGUACCCACCACACACUGCGAAGAAAGUGGGCUGGGCCCGUUUCUUCAUCUACCGUCAGGUGAACCUGGGCCGUUUGGGGAAGCUAGUCCUGCUCCCGCUGCUGGCUUUGAUUGCUGCCAUUGCACUUCAGCACUACACAGAGCAGCAUGCAGUGGAAUGUGCCAGAGCCGCGUUCCUGUCUAGAAGGUCACGACACCUCAAGUUCAGGAUUCAGCAGUUGAAGGCCCUGCGCAGAAUGAUCACUGAGCGAGAGGCAGAGAUCGCAACAGCACUGAAACAAGAUCUCAAUAAGAGCCAGAGUAUCACACAGCUCUUCGAACUCAUUGGUCUAGAGACAGAAAUCACACUGGCAGUAGACAGGCUAGCUGAAUGGGCAUCACCGAGGCCUGUGGAGAAGAAUCUAAUCACCCUCUUGGACCAAGUAUACAUCCAGCCUGAGCCACUCGGGGUGGUACUCAUCAUUGGGGCCUGGAACUACCCUUGGGGCCUGACACUGCAGCCACUUGUGGGGGCUAUAGCAGCAGGGAAUGCAGCCAUAGUGAAACCUUCUGAGCUGAGUGAGCACUCCGCUAGGCUUCUGAAAGAACUGCUCCCACUCUACCUGGAUAGAGAGAUGUAUCCUGUGGUGACGGGUGGGGUUCCAGAGACUCAGGAGCUGCUUAAGCAACGCUUUGAUCACAUCUUUUACACGGGGAACAGUACUGUGGGCAAACUGGUGAUGGAAGCUGCCUCUCGCCACCUAACUCCUGUCACCCUAGAGUUGGGGGGGAAGAGCCCCUGUUACAUCGAUAGUAGCUGUGACCUCACCAUUGCCUGCCGCCGAAUCGCUUGGGGAAAAUUUAGCAACUGUGGCCAAACGUGCAUCGCUCCCGACUACAUCCUGUGCAACCCUGCCGUCCAGGACAGAGUGGUGGAGGAAAUCCGGCGCACACUCCACGAGUUCUAUGGUGAGGACCCCAAGACUUCACCGGAUUAUGGACGCAUCAUUAAUAAGCGCCACUUUGGAAGGAUUAUGGAGCUUCUGAAAGGCUGUGAGGUGGCUUUUGGUGGAGAGAAUGACCAGCAGCAGUGUUACAUUGCCCCCACAGUGCUCAAGAAUGUCCAAUCAGGGGCCAGAGUGAUGCAGGAGGAAAUCUUUGGUCCCCUGCUACCCAUCGUACCGGUCAGCAGUGUAAACGAGGCUAUCCAGUUCAUUAAUGAACAAGAGAAGCCCCUGGCCCUCUAUGUGUUCUCUUCAAAGAAACAGGUAAUAAAGAAGAUGAUGGCAGAGACCUCCAGUGGGGGAGUGAUGGUGAAUGAUGUGGUAAUGCACUACACAGUGUCAUCGCUACCCUUUGGGGGUGUGGGAAACAGUGGGAUGGGUGCCUACCAUGGCAAACACACUUUUGAUCAGCUAAGCCACCAUCGAAGCUGCUUUGUCAGGUCCCUGGCUAUGGAGAGCCUGAAUGAGGCCCGUUACCCCCCGCUGGAUCAGAGCCGUAUGCGCUUGGCACGGUUCUUCAUGCAGAAGCAACUGUGCAGGUGUAAACAUGCCACCUGUGUUUGGGCUGUCCUGUCAUCUAUUGUGGCUGUGGGUUUGCUGGUUGCUCUGCUUACACUUCUGCUGAAGGAUUCUGGAUAUGCUUAAACUACAGAAAUUGCUUGUACCAUAUGUACUUUUUAAAUUGCAUAAUAGUGUUUACCUGUGUUUCUGUAAAACAGGCUUUCAUCUGCAAAAUGCACUCUAUUCUACUCCAUCAGAUUUGUAUGUAGCAGAUUGCACUCUCCAAUUUGCCAAGCUCUCUGUUAAAAAGCAGGAUUAAUAAACCUAAGAAUGGCUGUUUGUGACCGGAACUGAAAAAAUGCAACAGAAAAACUGGAAAAAAGACCAUUACUUCCCCCUAGUGGUCAUAUCACGCAAUUGCAUUAGCUCAAAAUGCAGUACUCCAUCCUCAAAUCUUGCUCUAUGCGCCUCUUUCACCAAACAGCAAGAAUACUGCACAUUCUGAAACCAGGUACGUAAGUCACAAAAGUUCAGAAACAUGGGAGAAACUUAUAGCAGCUCACACCUUGUUAUACCUUGAUACAGUCAACUGCAAUACCUGUGCAUUCCAUCGAGGAGGUAUACUGGUGGUCAAGUCCUAGCAUAAUAUGUAUAGAGAGUUGUAGA